CGCAGGUUUGGACAGUCAACGUUUCAGCCUCGGAGCGAUACCACAGCGAGAGAAGAGAGCAGGAGAGAGAAACGAGAUCCGACAGUCUUUGGAGUAUGAACAGAUUCACAUUUGCGGUUUUCCUUGUGGCACUGGGUUUUCUUGUCUGCGAAGGGAGUAACCCAUGUUGCUCAGUGCCGUGCCAGAAUAGAGGUGUGUGUACGGCACUUGGACCAGAUAAUUAUGAGUGUGACUGCACACGUACAGGGUAUCAUGGACAAAACUGCACAACACCUGAAUUCCUCACCUGGCUCAAGAUCUCCCUGAAGCCAUCACCCAACACCAUCCACUACCUUCUCACCCACUUCAAGGGCUUCUGGAACAUCAUCAACAACAUCUCAUUUCUCAGGGAUGCCAUCAUGAGAUACGUGCUGACAUCUCGAUCCCACUUCAUCGAUAGUCCUCCAACUUUCAAUGCGGAUUACGGCUACAUAAGCUGGGAGGCUUAUUCCAACCUUUCCUACUACACACGUACCCUCCCGCCUGUUGCAGAGGAUUGCCCAACCCCAAUGGGAGUAGCAGGUAAAAAGGAGCUACCUGAUGCUAAGAUAUUGGCUGAGAAGCUUCUGGUGAGGAGACAGUUUAUCCCCGACCCGCAGGGUACCAGCCUGAUGUUUGCAUUCUUUGCACAGCAUUUCACCCACCAGUUCUUCAAAUCUGAUAUGAAGAAAGGACCUGCUUUCACCGUAGCUAAAGGUCAUGGAGUGGACCUCGGCCACAUUUAUGGGGACAACCUGGAGAGGCAGCACAAGCUCAGACUCUUCAAAGAUGGCAAGCUUAAAUAUCAGAUCAUUGAUGGGGAGGUGUAUCCCCCAACAGUCAAGGAAGUGGGUGUCGACAUGCACUACCCUCCUCAUGUUCCCGACUCUGACCGUUUUGCUGUGGGCCAUGAGGCAUUUGGCCUGGUCCCAGGUCUGAUGAUGUACGCCACUAUCUGGCUGCGGGAACACAACCGGGUGUGUGAUGUGUUGAAGGAGGUCCACCCUGACUGGGACGACGACAGGCUCUUCCAGACCACCCGGCUCAUUCUGAUUGGAGAGACCAUCAAGAUUGUAAUCGAGGACUAUGUGCAGCACCUGAGCGGCUAUCACUUCAAGCUCAAGUUCGACCCCGAGCUGCUGUUCAGCCAGCACUUCCAGUACCAGAACCGCAUCGCGUCCGAGUUCAACACCCUGUAUCACUGGCACCCUCUGAUGCCUGAUACUUUCCACAUUGAAGAGAAAGAAUACAGCUAUAAAGAGUUUGUCUUCAACACCUCUGUGGUGACCGAGCACGGCAUCAACAACCUUGUGGAGUCAUUUACAAAGCAGAUUGCUGGACGGGUUGCCGGUGGCCGAAAUGUCCCAGGACCUAUCCUUUACGUGGCCAUUAAGUCCAUUGAGAACAGCAGAAAAAUGCGCUACCAGUCUCUGAACGCCUACAGGAAACGAUUCUCCAUGAAGCCCUACACCUCUUUUGAAGACAUCACAGGAGAGAAAGAAAUGGCUGCAGUGCUCGAGGAGUUGUAUGGACACGUCGAUGCUGUGGAGCUGUACCCAGGUCUGCUGGUGGAGAAACCCAGGCCCAACGCCAUCUUUGGGGAGACCAUGGUGGAGAUGGGGGCUCCGUACUCCCUCAAGGGCUUACUGGGAAACCCCAUCUGCUCCCCCGAGUACUGGAAGCCGAGCACAUUUGGAGGCAGUGUGGGCUUCGAAAUUGUCAACACCGCUUCUCUUCAGAAGCUCGUCUGCAAUAACGUGAAGGGCACCUGCCCUCUGGCUUCCUUUCAUGUGCCUGACGUCAAAGAGACGGGGUCCAUGACCAUCAACUCAAGCACAUCCCACUCACGUAGCAAUGAUAUCAACCCCACAGUCAUUUUGAAAAAAAGGACUACUGAGCUCUAAUUUUUUAUUCUAUAAGGUUUUCUCUCUCUUUUUUUUUAACAUAUUAGUUUAUUUAUUUAUUUAUUUAUUUUUGUAUUUAUUGUAUUCUAUUUAUAAUGUAACAAGGAAAACAGAAUUUUUAUAUGUAAUUUUGUAUAUUUUUGUUUACUUAUCAAGAACAGAAGUCUGUGGUUGUGUUUAUUUAUUAAGAGAUUAAUUGUAUCAUACAGUAAGUUAUUGUGACAGUUAUGACCUCAGACAAUGCAACUUGAUACUUGAAGGUUAGUUUACAGUCUUAACUACAUAGUAGUGCACAUUACAUUCCUGUUACUUGUUCCCUGGGAUCAACUGCUACUCUUCCAUUUUGCAGUUAUGCGACUGUCCCAGAACAGCAGUGAUCUGUUCUACAGACAGAGAGAUACAGUAUAGCAUUGUUCACGGUGAACCUAAUGACUGAUGUUAACUCUCUUGAUCUAACAUUACUAGAGUGCAUUCCUAUUUCAGUAUUGCUUUACUGAUUUCUUUUCUACUUCAGUCUGUGUAUUGGCUUUGGAAAUUUCAAAUGACAUUAAUAACUAAGCUGCACUGUUGUUUAGAAUUGCAUUGUCAUGUUAUAGAUAUUGUUUAAAACAAACAUGUACUAUUUAAAAUAACCAUGUACUGUAUACAGUAGGAAUAUUUGUAAGUCUUGUUUUCAGUGCCCAUUGAUUUGUAAGGUUGACACUAAUAAAUGUUGCCAGAACAAAAGGCAUUUCUCAGAAA